AUGGAUACCUGUGAGACACAUGAGAACACCUCCAAGUGCAGUGUGAACUCCAUGGAGUGCUUCAUGGUGCUCAGCACACAGGCACAGAAGAUCAGCAUUGCCACCUUGUGUGGCCUCUUUGGGACACUCUGCAUUCUGGAGAACAGUUUGGUGCUGUACUUGAUCUUCUCCUCCCCUGGCACCAGGAAAAAGCCUUCCUACCUCUUCAUCAGCAGCCUGGCCAUGGCUGACAUCCUGGCCAGCAUCAUCUUUGUCUGCAGCUUUGUUAGCUUCCAUGUCUUUAAGGAAACUGAUUUCUCCAAAGAGAUGUUCCUGCUGCAGCUGGCAGGGGUGACCACAUCCUUCUCUGCCUCCUUGAGCAGCCUGCUGCUGACAGCCCUGGACCGUUACCUCUCCAUCAGCAGGCCCUCUGAGUACAAGCUCCUCAUGACCAGGAGGAGAGCUUGGAUAGCUCUGGGGGUGCUCUGGGUCACCUGUGCCACCAUCGCUUCCCUGCCUCUGCUGGGCUGGAACUGCUGCACUCUCAACUCCACCUGCUCCCAGCUGUUCCCCUUCGUGGAUGGCAGCUACCUGUCGAGCUGGGUCUGCCUCACCCUGCUGCUGCUGGGCUGCAUCGUCUGCGCCUACGCGCGAGUGCUGCGCAGGGCGCACCGGCACGUGGCCUGCAUGCAGCAGCACCAAGCUCAGGGGGCACAGCAGCAAAGCAGCAGGAUGAGGAUGGAUGUCACCCUGGCCAAGACACUCGUGAUGGUGCUGGCAGUCCUCGUGCUGUGCUGGUCUCCAGUCCUCGUCCUCAUGACCUACAGCAUCUUCUCCAGGCUGAGUGCUCACCUGCGCAGGGCAUUUGCCUUCUGCAGCACCCUCUGCCUGCUCAACUCCAUGGUGAACCCUAUCAUUUAUGCCCUGAGGAGCAAGGAGCUGUCUGCCUCCCUCAGGGUGGUCUUUUCUCAGUUCAGGAGGCAGAUGAAGGCCUCUGAGGAAAGCCCAGAAGCAGGCAGUGCCCACAAGUGCUCCGUGAUAGAGACCAUCUGCGAGGACGUGCGUGGGAGUUAG